AUGUCUGCCCACGCAUACCAUGUAGAAGAGGCCCGAGGAGAUGAAGUCGACCGCACCAUUUCUGCCACAAGCGAUACCACCAAAGCGGUCGGCGACAUCAGCAAUGAGAAGAAGGCGGGUCUCAAAUACUCGGCCGGCGGCAUUGAACGGGUCCCGCAACCUUCUGAUGACCCUCGUGAUCCUCUGAACUGGCCAAUGCCAAAGAAGAUUGCCAUCUUCGGCAUCAUGUGCUUUGGCACUUUUGUCGGUAUCGCAUCUGCAGUGGCAAAUGUCCUGGCACUGCCUGUUCAGGCUCAGGACUUUGGUAUUACCCCUGAGCAGGCGUCCUAUUCGAUAUCUGCCGUACUAGGAGGUAUAGUGGUCGGCCCAGUCGUCCUGGUUGCCGCAGUCCGUGUCUUCGGUGUUAUGUCAUGCUGCUUCUGGAGCGAGCUUGCAGUCGUCGCAACCUCAAUAUGGUCGUCCCUUAGCACAGGACCAGGCGCGUUCAACUCUUUCGCAGCCUCCCGCGCCAUCGCAGGCCUCUUCACGGGUACAGUGCAGGUAUUCUCCGCGGGGGUAAUCGCCCAGAUCUUCUUCCUCCACCAGCGCGGUAGGGCCUUUGCGAUCUAUUCUACCAUCUACAUGGUAUCAGCGGUUGCUGGCCCAACCUUCUCCGCUUUCAUUGUCCAAUACCAUCCUUGGCCAGUGUGCUUCUGGUGGACCGUUGCUGCGAACGGAUUAUCUGCAGUCCUCUUCUUCUUCCUCGGUGAUGAAACGGGCUGGGAUCGAGUCAAUAACCGACCGCCUUCUGCCAACCGAGUACCCGAGACUUGGCUCAAAAAACGUCUCGUUUUAUUCUUCCCCGGAACACGAGUUGUCGCGCCGGGGAAAAUGAACCAUGUUAAAACAUCGUAUAGCGUUCUCGCCAAGGUCGCCUUCAGCCCGAUCUGCAUCCUCGCGGGCAUAUACUCGCUGAUCAAUUACGCUUGGUUCAUUAUGGCGGGAGUGCAAGUGCCCAUCAUACUCGAUUCUCCACCAAGUGAACAAGGCUUUGGGUUUACCUCGCAGGCCACGGGUUAUUUCUACUUCUCGGCCUGGGUCGGUGCGCUGAUAGGAGUCGCCUAUGGCAUCUUGAUCAACGACCGUCUGCCCCUGUGGAUCAAGCAUCGAAGGCACGGCCUGUGGCAUCCCGAGUAUCGACUACACACAGCAUGGUUCCCCGGGCUGGUCGUGGAGCCCAUCGGGGUUGGCCUGUUCGGUGCCGCCGUUUACUAUCACUUGCAUUACAUGGUUCUCGCCGUAGCCGAAGCCAUGAUCGUCUUCGGUGCGACGGCAUGCAUCUCGCCGGCAGUCAACUACGUCAUCGAGGUCUUCAAGAGCCAUCCCCAGGAGGUAGGGACUGCCCUAAACGUCUACCGUAUUGCGUUUAGCGUUGCCAUUCAAUUUUUCUAUGCGCCGUGGACCGUCCGAGUAGGGGUUAACUGGGCGUGGGGCACCGCGGCCUUCAUCACUAUUUUCUCCUGCGUUCUCAUCGCGGUCCUAUUCUGGAAGGGCAGAUUGCUACGCAAGUACAGCUUGCUCCCUGACGAAGCUGCCGAAGAGGAAGAGCUAUAUCAGCGCAGCCUUAAGGCUGCCGAAGUACCAGCCACAACAAGCAAGCACGGAUCUCACUAA